AUGGACAAGCAGGUUGAAGAACGAAUUCGAUGCUGUCAUCCAUGUCAACUUGUCAGUAAGAGCCCGCGACCAGAGCCAAUGGAACCAACCAAGCUUCCUAAGAAACCAUGGUCGAAGUUAGCCAUAGAUAUACAGUAUGUGGACCAUUUCCCACUGGAGAACAAGUAGUUGUCCUUACUGACUAUUAUUCGCGCUGGCCAGAAGUCAAAAUCUUAAAAUCAGUCACGUCGAAAAACAUUCUCGACUGGUUACUAUCGGUAUUUGCAACUCACGGAUUUCCCAAUGAAUAGAACAUAAGACGGUGACGGAAUAUUGGCCGCAAGCAAAUGGGCAAGUUGAGAGAUUUAAUCAAGUUCUCGAGAAACACAUCCUAACCGCACAGGCGGAAGGAAAAGAGUGGAAACCCACCAUUCCAAUCAUGCUACUCCACUACCGCAAUACUCCUCAUAGAAUGACCGGAAGAACGCCUUCAACAUUGCUAAUGAACCGAGAAGUCAAGACGAAACUUCCUAGUUUUGAACAACAGACAAACGAUGAAACUGAAACUCGAAAGAAAGAUGAAGAGGAGAAAGAGAAAUCGAAGAAAUAUACCGACAAGAAGCGAAAGCAAGUCCAAGAAAUCUUGAAGUCGGAAAUAAAGUACUAGUUACUCAAAAACAUCGAAACAAAUUUACGACAAAGUUUCAUCCUGAUCCAAUGGUAAUCACCAAAAUAAACGGCACGCAGAUAGUGUUAAAAGACAAGAAUGGCACACAACAUCGCAGAAACUCAUCGCAUGUCAAGUUAUACCAGGAAAUUCCUGAUCCUGAAGAAGAAAUCCAGAGUAAUCGCAAGCAUGACAGACAAACGGAAAGUCGCGAAGAAAACACCGAAGCAACUCAAACAGAAACCAACCAGAGUAGUACAGAAGCGGAAAUUGUUCUACGUAGAUCAACGAGAAAUAGAAAACACCAGACUGUCUAA